GUCUGCUACCAGGUGGACCCCUGCUUCUUGAGGCCGGGCGAAGAUGAAAUCUUCUUCGACUACCUUCAGAGAAGCCGGCUCCACAUCGACGUUUGGAACGCCGAAUCUCUGAUGCUGAUAGGCUCAGCUUGUGUUGAUCUGAAGCAUCUCUGUCGUCAGGGCCGUGCCGGGAUCCAGACGAUCUACAUGCUCGAUGUGGUGCAGCCGGUCAACUGGAGCUUCCACUCUUCUCCCCACCAACUUGAGGAGGAUAUCCACGAGGCGGAAGUCUCGUCCACUCGCCCAUUCGGGAGUCUAGAACUGCAGAGUCAAAUACGAGGUCGGCUUCACUUGCGUCUUAGCAAUAUCGGCCGGCGCCCGACCAUUUCGACCGGUAGCUCUGGUGAGGCAACAACAAUGCUUCAUAGCAGGAAACGAAAGAUGUAUUUGAUCGGCACCCCAGACCUCAGCAAAGUGUCCAGGUAG